ACCGAAGGUGAUACUAUACUUACCAAGAAAAUCAAUAAAUAGUGUUCUAGCAAAUCAUUUGGAACUUUAAGUCCUGUUUGAGCAUAUUUUGUAUAACCUCUAUAUACGCGAAGCUAAAGAACUUUUCAGUUGACGAUGGAGUCGUCAGCGUUACAAGCCGCAGAGAGUGUUUGCGUGAAGGCUGAGCCCUGUGAGGAUGUGUGUAUAACAGGAACAGGUGAACCCACUUUCGAGGGAGUGUCUGUGAAAGCUGAGCCUUUGCUGGAUGAAAUGUGUAUAAAAGACGAGCCCGGACGCGAGAGUGUGUCUAUAAGGGCCGAGAGUUCGUGCUCAUAUGUGCGUGUAAAAAACGAGUCGCAUGGCGUGAGCGCUGCGGCGGCGCUGUACGCCGACCACGCUGUGAAAGAUGAGCUCGUGCUGGGUCCCGAGCUAGUGGAGCGGCGCGGCGUGCGCCGCGCACCAACAGUUUCAGCUUCCAACCUGGCGAUAAAAGUGAAGCAAUCAUGUGGGAAUGUCGCCGGAAGAACCUUUCAAAUGGAUGGCUGUGUCAAGCUGGAGCCUCUUGUUGUGGACACGCUGCUCACCGGCACUCGGAGCACAGACCAGGACUGCCUGAGACAAGUUCAGGAAACUGGUAUAGAGUGUGAGAACAAGAACUCCGCAGUGGGGAAUUUUGAAAUAUACAAUAGAGGUUAGUUGAUGGUACCAUGAUUAAACAUGGAGAUACCAAGACAAUGCACAGUGGCUCCAUAGUAGGCUAUAAUAAGUCUAGGAAAUCCAUAGUGACUUUGGUAAAGAUUAUCUUGUAUAUUCUAUGGCAAAUUAUUAAUUAAUAGCUGUACCACCUGAGACUAUAUAAUUAUAGUUUCUAAAUUAUUUAAGUAGAUCAUUAAUUUUUGGACCCUCAAAGUACAAUCGAGGACGCGUAAUUAGCCUUAUCAGUGACAUGGUUAAGGUAAAGUUAAUAAAAUGUAUUAAAAAGCUAUUUGCAAGAGCUAUUUUACGACUAUACUGAAUUUUUCCAAUUACCCUUAUUGCUUUAUUAAUAUGCAUUGAUAUAAUGUAAUAUAAUAAUAUGCAACAUUAUGCAAUAUGAUAUAUGAUGUCUAUGUACUUAUAUUUAUAUUUAAAUGUAUGUUUAGAUUGAUACUGAUACUAGUGUAUACUGACUUAUAACGAUGUGUUAUUAAUAAAUUUUCAUUUGUUGA